GAAAAAGCAGCAAACAUGGCUAGAUUGGCUGAUUAUUUGAUUGUCGUGGGAUAUGAUCAGGAAAAAGCUGGUUCAGGAGAAGGAUGUGGGAAGAUCAUCCAGCGUUUCCCCAAGAAGGACUGGGAGGGCACAGCCUUCCCUCAGGGGGUGGAGAUGUUUUGCCAGCCAGGAGGAUGGAGGAUGUCCAGGGAGCGGAAGCCCCCGAGCUUCUUCACUGUGGUGCUGACAGACAUAGAGUCAGAUCGACACUACUGCUCCUGCCUCACCUUCUAUGAGGCAGAGGUCAACCUCCAGGGAUCAAAGGCAGUGGAGGCAGACGGGGAGGACGAGGUGGAUGAGGAGGAGGACGGCCUGAUCCAGCCAGCUCAAGUCUUUGCCCCCAAAAGUCUCAUCCUUGUCUCCAGGCUGGAUUAUCCCGAAAUAUUCCGGGGCUGCUUGGGUCUGAUCUACACGGUGUACAUCGACAGUCUGACCUUCCCUCUGGAGGGUCUGGUGGCCGGCCUCUUCACGUGCCUGGUGCCCGUGGCUGGAGGCUCCCAGAAACUCUUCUCCCUGGGAGCAGGGGACAGACAGCUGAUCCAGACUCCUCUGAACGACAGCCUGCCCGUCACCUGCAAGAGUGUGGCCCUGCUCUUCCAGCAGCUCGGAAUCCAGAACGUUCUGAGCCUGUUUUGCGCGGUUCUGACAGAACAUAAGGUUUUGUUCCACUCCACCAGCUACCAGAGGCUAGGAGAGGCGUCCCGUGCACUGGAGGCCCUCAUGUUCCCCCUCAAAUACAGUUACCCAUACAUCCCCAUCCUGCCUUCCCGGCUGCUGGAGGUCCUGAGCUCUCCCACCCCCUUCAUCAUCGGGGUCCACUCCAUGUUCCAGAGCGAGAUCCUGGAGCUGCUGGACGUCAUCAUCGCCGACCUGGACGGAGGGACGAUCAAGAUCCCCGAAUCCAUCCACCUGUCUCAGCUCCCUGAGCCCCUGCUGCACCACACACAGACCGCCCUGUCCCUGGUUCUUCACCCUGACCUGGAGAUCGCUGACAAUGCCUUCCCUCCCCGCACUGCCCCCUCCAACCUUAAGUUGUUGGAUAAGGAGGUGAGGGCCGUGUUCCUCCGGCUAUUUGCACAACUCUUCCAGGGCUACAGGUCCUGCCUGCAGCUCAUUCGAAUCCAUUCCGAACCUGUUAUUCACUUUCACAAGACUGCCUUCCUGGGCCAGCGAGGCCUGAUCGAGAACGACUUCCUGACCAAGGUUCUCGACGGCAUGGCCUUCGCUGGCUUCGUGUCUGAGAGAGGCCCACCUUACAGAGCCUGCGAUCUCUUUGACGAGCUGGUGGCCUUUGACAUGGAGCGCUUUAAAGAGGAGGAGGCCAACCCUGCCAAACUACAGAAGCACAUGAGGGAGCUCUCUGAACAGCUGUAUAGAAACGAAAACCCCAACCCCCACAUGGCGUUCCAGAAGGUUCCUCGGCCGUCGGAGGGCUCCCACCUGCGGGUGCACCAGGUGCCCUUCCCCCUGCUGAACGAGGAGCGUGUGGAGGGGCUGCUGCUGGAGGGGCUGGCCAAGCAGGCCAGCGCCCCGGCCGCCUCCGCCGCCGCCGCCGCCGCCCGCCCCGAGAGGAAGUGUGUGGUGCCAGCGGGCCCCCCCGUGGUGUCCAUCAUGGGGAAGACUGGCUCAGUGUUCAACAGCGCUCGCCGGCUGGAGGUGGUCAGGAGCUGUAUCUCCUACAUCUUCGACAACAAGACCCUGGAGACGGAGAAGACCCUCCCAGCAGCGUUGCGGGCCCUGAAAGGCAAGGCUGCCCGCCAGUGUCUGACCGAGGAGCUGAGCCUCCACGUUCAGCAGAACCGCGCCAUUCUGGACCACCAGCAGUUUGACUACAUCACCCGCAUGAUGAACUGUGCCCUCCAGGACUGUUCCAACUCUGAAGAGUACUCUGUUGCCUCUGCCCUUCUGCCCCUGACAACGGCCUUUUACAGGAAACUGGUGGUGGGAGUGAACCAGUUUGCGUACACCUGUGUCCAGGACCACCCUAUCUGGACCAAUCAGCAGUUCUGGGAGUCCACCUUCUACGGUGAGGUCCAGAACCAGAUCCGAGCUCUGUACCUCACCACCUCGGAAGAAAAACAAGGGAUCACUGCCAGGCUCAAGGAGCAGCAGCCGCAGCCGGCCGCCAGCCCGUCCGAGCGGACGGCCAUGGACCUGGCCGCGGAGCAGCUGCGGGCGUGGCCGGGCCUGAGCAAGGAGAAGCAGCAGGAGCUGGUGAAGAACGAGGAGAGCACCGUGUUCAGCCAGGCCAUCCACUAUGCCAGCCUCAUGGUCUACCUGCUGGUGCCUCUGGACACCAGCAAGAACAAGCUGCUGCGGAGCGCCCCAGCCACCGACUGGGAGAGCGGUAGCAACAGCAUCGUCACCAACAGUAUUGCCGGCAGCGUGGCUGAGAGCUUCGACACCGAGAGCGGCUUCGAGGACUCGGAGAACAGCGACGUGGCUAACUCUGUGGUGAGGUUCGUCGCCCGCUUCAUAGACAAGGUGUGCACAGAGAGCGGUGUGACCCAGGACCACAUCAAGAGCCUGCACAGCAUGAUCCCAGGUAUUGUGGCCAUGCAGAUGGAGACUCUGGAGGCUGUCCACAGGGAGAGCAGGAGGCUGCCUCCCAUUCACAAGCCUAAGAUCCUGCGUCCGGUGCUGCUCCCGGGGGAAGAGUUUGUGUCGGAGGGGCUGCGGGUGGUCCUGGACGCCGAUGGACGCGAGGAGGCCACAGGGGGGCUCCUGGGGGGGCCUCACAUCCUCCCGGCAGAGGGAGCCCUCUUCCUCACGACCUACCGCAUCAUCUUCAAGGGCGCCCCCCACGACCCGCUGGUGGGGGAGCAGGUGGUCAUCAGGAGCUUCCCAGUGUCCACCCUGACCAAGGACAAGAAGAUCAGCAUCCAGAACCUUCUGCAGCAGCACAUGCAGGAGGGGCUGCAGCUCCGCUCAGCCACCUUCCAGCUGAUCAAGGUGGCGUUCGAUGAGGAGGUGAGCUCCGAGAUGGUGGAGAUCUUCAGGAAGCACCUCCAGAGAAUCCGUUACCCGCAAUCCAUCUUCAGCGUGUUUGCCUUCGCGGCCGGUCAGACAGCCCCCCAACUGAUCCUCCCCAAACAGAAAGAGAGGAACACAGGCUUCAGGACGCUGUCCAAAACCAUUGUGAAAGGAGCCAAGAAAGCCGGGAAGAUCACCAUGGGGCGUGGCGGCCAGACAACUCUGAAGAAGAACGACCGGGGCAGCCGUAUGACCUGGCACGAGGAUGACGACAUCUCAGUCUCAGACGAGGGCGAGCCGCCCCCCAGCAGCACUCUGAGGGCGUCUGAGAAGUCCACCAUGGAGCAGCUGGUGGAGCGGGCCUGUUUCCGGGACUACCAGCGUCUGGGUCUGGGCACCAUCACCGCCAGCUCGUCUCGCUCCAAGACUGGAGAGCAGUUCAGAGUCACGGCUGUCAACAGGCUUUACUCUCUCUGCCGCAGCUACCCUGGGCUCCUGGUGGUUCCUCAGUCUGUGCAGGACAGCAGUCUUCACAAGGUGGCUCGCUGCUACAGACACAACCGUCUUCCUGUCGUGUGCUGGAAGCACCCCCGCACCAAGGCUGUGCUGCUGCGCUCCGGAGGGUUCCACGGCAAGAGCGUGGUGGGACUCUUCAAGUCCCAGAACCCCUCCUCCACAGCUCCUGCCUCGUCCUCCGAGUCCUCCAGCAGUCUGGAGCAGGAGAAGUACCUGCAGGCAAUCCUCAGCUCCAUCCCCAUCUACUUCAAACUCAACGGCAGCAACACCUUGACCAACCGCUCGCUUAUCGGCAUGUCGCCAGGCAGUGAAAGGAGGACAUCCAGAAUGCCAAAGAUGGCUCCCGUCCAUUUGGACAUGCCCUUCUCCAAUAGCUUUGCCAGAGGAGUGCUUGGGUACAGGGAUAAACUAUUCACUCACUCAAACCAAAAACCUGCCCCUAAGGGAAGAAUCCACAAUCAAGGCGUGUGGGCCAGCCUGCGCUCCAGCAGCAGGUUCAGCCAGCACACGUCAGCAGCAGAGGUGGGGGCCAGGCUGGCAGGGAAGGAUCUGGCGCCCCCCGCAGGCAGCGACAGCCUGCAGGCCCAGCUGCUCAAACAGCAGGCUGCCUUCUACAUCUUUGGAGAAAAGUCCCACCUCAGGGGCUUCAAACUGGACUCUUCUCUGAACUGUGAGCUGGUGCCCGUGGACUUUGCCGACACGCGGCAGGUGAAAGCCUCCUUUAAGAAGCUGCUGAGAGCCUGUGAACCCAGCGCCACAUCGACCGACGCAGAAGACUCCUUCCUCAAAGCCCUGGAGGAUUCGGAGUGGAUCCUGCAGCUCCACAAGCUGCUGCAGCUGGCUCAGAUCCUGGUGGAGCUGCUGGACAGCGGCUCGUCCAUCCUGCUCAGCCUGGAGGACGGCUGGGACAUCACCACGCAGGUGGUGUCCCUGGUGCAGCUGCUGAGCGACCCGUUCUACAGGACCCUGGAGGGCUUCCAGGUGCUGCUGGAGAAGGACUGGCUCUCCUUUGGCCACAAGUUCAGCCAGCGCAGCAACCUCACCCCCUGCAGCCAGGGCAGCGGCUUCACCCCCAUCUUCCUCCAGUUCCUGGACUGCGUGCACCAGGUCUUGGAGCAGCAUCCCAUGGAGUUUGAGUUUAAUCAGCACUAUCUGAAGUUCCUGGCCUACCACCACAUCUCCAACCGCUUCAAGAACUUCCUCCUGGACUCGGACUACGAGCGCCUGGAGCACGGCACAUUGUUUGAGGACAAGGGAGACAAGCAGGCCAGGAGAGGCGUCUGUAUCUGGGAGUGCAUCAGCCGCAUGCACCGGAGGAUCCCUGUCUUCUUCAACUACCUGUACAACCCCUCCGAUGUGUCCCCGGUGUUGAAGCCAUCUAUCAGCAUCCCCAACCUGAGCAAGUGGGACUUCUUCACGGGCGAGACUCUGUCCACGGGGCCGUCGUACGACUGGCGCAUGAUGGCCAUGAGGUCGGAGAGCGCGGAGGAGGCCGACACCAUCGCCACCAGCCGGAGGAGGAUCGUGUGGCCCUGCUACAGCAGCGUGGGCCGCGCCCAGCCCGACGCCAUCACCAAACUGCUCACCGACAUGGAGAAGCUGGAGGUGGAGCUGGGCCAGACCCCAGAGAGGUGGCAGGCCACGCUGGAGAGGGUGCGGGCCAGCAUCCAGGAGGACCUCCGACAGGAGGGGAACCUCCGUAAGCAGUCCGCGUCCAUCUCCGGCCUGAUCCCCACGUCGAGCCUGCAGGCGUUCCACCGCCGCUCCAUGCUGCACCUGCCCGACAGCGCCCUGGGGGAGGACAGCAGCCCCGCCGCCGCCAACGGGGUGAACCGGCGCGCCGCCACGCUCUACAACCAGUUCACCCCCAAGAACGAGGAGAACCGGUCGUUUGAGGGGGUCCUGUUCAAACGGGGAGCGCUGCUGAAAGGCUGGAAGCCUCGCUGGUUUGUGUUGGACAUCACCAAGCAUCAGCUGAGGUACUAUGACACAGGGGAAGACACUAACUGCCGGGGCCAUAUAGACCUGGCGGAGGUGGAGUCGGUCCUGGUUGCCGCGCCCACCAUAGCAGCGCCCAAACACAUCAGUGAGAAGGCCUUCUUCGACCUGAAGACCACCAAGAGAGUGUACAACUUCUGCGCGUCGGACGCCCCCAAUGCCCAGCUGUGGAUGGACAAGAUCCAGAGCUGCAUCUCCGACGCCUGAUCCGACCCUCGACCCCUGACCCCGGGGCCGGAAAGGGGUCAGACAACAGCAGGACCACCAGAGGGAGAGCCAGCGGGGGGUGACAGUAGAGACACACGACACACCCUGCUCACCUGUGUCAGCCUGGGAGUGGCGUUAUCACAAGGACCACAGUCAACUAAGUGCCUGGUAGUGGAGGGUGUGUAUCCCACCCCUCCCUUUCAUCUUUCUCUCUGCCUGUUGUGAGGCCGUUAUGCAGGACUUCAGGCAGGCAGCAGUCUGCCAGCUUUAGGAGGUGUUUAAGGGGACGCGUGUCCGAGGCCUCUCUAGUCCCGGGGACCUUGGCACCACUACAGGGAGUGGACACCAGGAGAGGAGACAUAGGAACGCUGUCAGCUGACAUCUGAGUAUGUCACACUACCAAGGCGAGCUCGAGCUAGACGCUAGACGUAAGCAAUAGCACUGGCCAUUUCAAACUGUGUUUUCAAUAGAAGAGUUGAGUAUGACAGCGAAAACUAGAGAACUUCUCAAAUAUUUUUUCAAUACGAGGAAAAGUUAUCGCUGCUUAAUGGAAAGUAUGAACCACCAAAAAACUCAGAGGUUUUAAAAAUGCACAAUAUGACGAGGCAAUUUAUUUGCACUUAAUAUAUGCACUCCAUAUAUAAUUAUAGAUUUUCUAUAACAGAGACAAACAGCAAGGCAAAAGGCAUUACUCUAUGAUGUUGUACCUAUGACUUCCUUUAUCAGGACAAAUUAGAAAAGAAAUACUUUGCACACUAAAGCUUCAAACAUUUUCCUGACAUGUUCUAUUUAAGUAAGUGAUGGGUGUUUCUCUAUUUUGUUAAAACACAUGAAUGUUUUUGAUUCAUGGAUAACAUUUUUGUUCUUGUGAUGUAAAUUAUUGUUUUUUUUUUAUUAAAAGCUUAACUCAUUUUCAGUGGUUUGCUUAUUGUUUUAUGUAAAUACUUUUUAUAAAUGUAUUAAACAUGCUUUUUUUCUAACCUGAACUGUACUACAACCAACUUUACUGUUUUUGUAUUCUUUUGUUGUCUGUGUAAGUACCUGUUAUUGUAACAGUUUCUUGUCUAUGGUGAGAAUGACUGUGAGCCAUUGUGUUGAAAAUGAAGGGGACUAUACUAUAUUUCUCAGAUUAUCCAGAUGGGCUCCGGUUCUUUUUAAGGGCUUUUACUAUAAAUAAGUGGGACAUUGUUUGUUUUAAAAAAUAUCUCUGUUCUCUCUCUCUGUUCUCUCUCUCUGUUCUAUGUGCAUCCUACAGUUUGAGAAAACUAAAAAGCAUAAAGAGAACAUCUAAAAGAUUUCUGAAGCUAUUUGAGAAAAAUGUCUGUUACUGUAUCUUUGUACCAAGUUUUGUGGUGAUAGACCUACUAAUUUGUUUUUUGGAAAUAAAUCAAGAAUACUUGAAACUGUAA